CUUACGCUAAACACGAAAUAUUAAAACACGGCGGCGUUAAUGUAUAUUCGUAUUCUUGGACUCGAAUAAACGUUCGAAAAGAUUUGACAGCUAUUUUGAGCAUCGCUUCUUGUUAUGAUACCUGGAAACUGUUUAGUUUAACUCAAUCUGAAAAUUUGGUUCACAUGGCUUUAACAGAUUCAGAUUGCCCAAGAUUACCUUCCGAAACUGCGAUAACGAUACCUCUUAUUUCUAUCGGAGAGGAAUUACCUCAAAUAAUGUUAGAUCUACGUAGUGCUGGAGUUUAUACAUGGAAAACGUUGGUGAUGAUAUACGAUACCACUGUUAGCAGAGAUAUGAUAACUCGAAUUAUAAAAUCGAUUACUCAACGAAGAACCAGCAGCGCGAAAGCUUCAGGCAUAUCCUUAAUGAAAUUGGAAUCGAAUAUAUCUCGAAUAGAUUUGAAGACCGUACUUUCAACUAUUGAUCCAAAAAUUGUUGGUAGUAAUUAUCUGGUCAUAGCUAGUUAUUAUAUUGUCGGAAUUUUGAUGGAAUAUGCUAAAUCUUUACAAAUAGCCGGUAUAAAUAAUCAAUGGAUGUAUAUUAUAUCGGAUACCAAUCGUCACUUUCAGGAUAUUCACGUUUUCGAAAAUUUACUGAAGGAAGGAGACAACGUAGCGUUUCUGUACAAUUCCAGUUUUACGACCAGUGUUUGUGCUGGGGGAAGAAAAUGUCAUAUAAAAGAAUUGCUAGAAUCAUUUACUAGGUCUAUAGAUCAAGCCAUAACUGAGGAAUUCAAUACAGCUAGUCAAGUAUCGGAAGAGGAAUGGGAGGCAAUAAGGCCUACCAAAAGUGAAAGGAGAGACUUUUUAUUGAAAAAUAUGAAAAUUCAUCUUUCAAAAAACGGCGUCUGUGAUAAUUGUACUUACUGGAAAAUAUCAACUGGAGAAACUUGGGGUGUAGAAUAUCAGGCCGUUGGCGAAAAGUCAUCGCCGAAACUUCAUCCAGUUGGUGUUUGGAGACCUAGUGAUGGAAUUGAAAUGACAGAUGUAUUAUUUUUACACGUUUCACAUGGAUUUAGGGGUAAAGCAUUGCCUAUGGUGACGUUCCAUAACCCUCCUUGGCAAAUAUUAACUUUCAAUGAAACUGGGGAUAUCACCGAAUACAAAGGACUUAUACUCGACAUUAUUACAGAGCUUUCGAAGAAUUUAAAUUUUACUUUCAGACUAACCGCUGUUGAUAAAUCUAAUACAAUAAACUCGACUACUUCUCCGUUCGAUAUAGACAGUGAGUUAACCACCAAAGUACCUAAUACACUUUUGGACCAAUUAAAGAAUAAGACUGUAGCUUUAGCAGCCUGUGCAGUUACGGUAACGGAAGAUUUGAAGAGUGUAGUAAACUUCACUAAACCUAUAGCUAUUCUAAGUUAUACUUUUUUGGUAGCGAGGCCUAAGGAGUUGAGUCGAGCUUUAUUAUUUAUAUCGCCGUUCAAUUUUGACACUUGGUUGGGUUUAUGUGCAGCUAUAAUAUCGAUGGGUCCUCUUCUAUACUUCAUUCAUCGUUCUAGUCCUGUUUACGAAUACAAAGGUAUUCCCAUGAAAGGAGGACUUGCUUCUAUACAGAACUGUAUUUGGUACAUGUAUGGAGCUCUGUUACAGCAAGGUGGAAUGCAUCUACCUUAUGCUGACAGUGCGAGAAUAUUGGUAGGAGCUUGGUGGUUGGUGGUACUUGUAAUGGCUACCACAUACUGUGGAAAUCUCGUUGCUUUUCUUACUUUUCCUAAAAUAGAUAUACCUAUAACCGACCUAGAACAAUUGAUAGCACAUAAAGAUACAGUUAGUUGGACUUUCAAAGAAGGCGGCUUCUUGGAAAAGGAAUUAAAGGUUUCUAAUGAAUAUCGAUUUAAAACAAUUUUGAAUGGAAAAUCGAAGCAUACAUCAACUGAUUUUAAGGCUGUUAUUAACAGUAUCCGAGAAGGUAAACAUGCUUACAUCGAUUGGAAGAUUAAGUUGCAGUUUAUCAUGAAGGAGCAGUUUUUAAAAACCAGCCGAUGUGAUUUUGUUCUAGGUCUGGAAGAAUUUUUUGAUGAAAAAUUAGCCUUAAUGAUCUCUCCUGAAUCUCCUUAUUUACCAAAAAUCAAUGAUGAAAUCAAGAAGUUACACCAAGUCGGGCUAAUCGAGAAAUGGCUCAAAGAUUAUUUACCAAAAAAGGAUAGAUGUUGGAAGAAUAGACAUUUGAUCGAAGUCAGUAAUCACACAGUUAAUUUAGAUGAUAUGCAAGGAAGUUUUUUCGUUUUAUUAAUGGGUUUCGUGUCAGCGCUAUUGCUGCUUCUCUUCGAGAAAUUGUGGUAUGUUAAGAUUAACAAACAACCAAAAAAAAUGAUUCAACCAUUUGUUACUUAAUGGAAAUUCGUGACUCAAUAUGCAUAAUAAAAUUGAAAUUAGAUUAUAUUAAUAUAAAC